AUGGGGGGCACCCCCUCCCCCACAAGGCCUUCUACCCCCCGGGGCCCCCCCCGGGCCCCCCCCGCCCCCCUGGACCCCCUCCAGGGCUGUGUCCGGGCACUGCAGCCCUGGGACCCCCCCGGCCCCGAGGCCACCCCCGAGCUGGAGGAGCCACCGAGCUGCCACCACGGGCGUCACCGCGGCCACCGAGGGGACAUCGGCCACCGAGGGGACAUCGGCCACCGCCACGGGGGGGACGUCAUCGGCGGCCACCGCGGGGACGUCAUCGGUGGCCACCGCGGUGACGUCAUCGGUGGCCACCGCGGGGACAUCGCCGCCCGCAUCGGGCAAAAACCUUCCGGAGUUGGGGGCACAUCCCCGAGCCCCCCCACGCCCCCCCAACUCGCUACCUCACCCCCCGGCUGGGGGUCCCAUCCCCCUCCCCCGGCCCGCAGCGAGUCCGAGGCUCUGGAGGAGAUCAGCCGGGCUUGUGAAACGUUGGCCGAGCAAGCCGGCCGGCCCAGCCCCCCAUCCCCGGAUACCCCCCCAAAAUUAGGGGGUGGUGGUCGCCGUCACCGCCGUGUCCCCCCCUCGCGUCACCGCGACCUCCGCCGGGGACCCCUCCGGCGCCGCCACCCCCGGAAAGAGGAGCGGGAACAACAACAACAACAACAGCAGCAACAACAACAACAACGGGACCGGGAACAACGGGACCGGCCGGUGCUGGCCACGCUCGACCUGCAGAGCUCCGGCGUGCAGGAUAAAGGGGGACCCCCUCCCAAGCUGGAAACGAAAGGGGGGGGACCCCCAAACCCUCCCUCAGCCCCCCCACCAGCACCAGCACCGCCGGGACCCCCUCCCGCGUUCGUCAGCUCCGCCGAUCUCCUGAAGCUGCGCUCGCUCGGGGAGGGGCCCCCCAAGGAGCUCAAAAUUCGGCUGAUCAAGGUGGAGAGCGGUGCUGGGGGGGCCGGGGGGAUCCCCGGGCUCGGGGGGGGCCCCGGGGGCGGCACCGCCGGUGACGCUUUGGUGGCCUCGGACGUCGGGGAGCCCCGGGGGUUGCCCCUGGCACAGCUGACGAUCCGGCACAGCGCGGCCGAGGUGGUGCGAGCCAGCAAGCAGGCGCGGCUGAAGGGGCCGUUCCGUGAGUCCUACCUGUGCCCCGCCCAGUCCGUCAAGCCCCGAAUCGACGCUCGGGAGCAGCUCCCGAGGGACAAACUCAACCCCCCCACGCCCAGCAUCUACCUGGAGAGCAAGCGCGACGCCUUCUCGCCCGUCCUGCUGCAGUUCUGCACCGACCCCAAGAACCCCAUCACUGUCAUCCGGGGGCUGGCGGGGUCCCUGCGCCUCAACCUGGGGCUGUUCAGCACCAAGACCCUGGUGGAGGCCAGCGGCGAGCACGCGGUCGAGGUGCGCACGCAGGUGCAGCAACCCUCGGACCAGAACUGGGACCUGUCGGGGACGCGGCAGGUGUGGCCCUGCGAGAGCAGCCGCUCCCACACCACCAUCGCCAAGUACGCCCAGUACCAGGCAUCCUCCUUCCAGGAGUCCCUGCAGGAGGACAAGGACAGCGAGGAUGAGGAGGCCGAGGAGCCCGACAGCACCACGGAGACCCCGCCCAGGUGGAAGCCGCAGCUGCAGGAGCUGCUGAAGCUGCCGGCCUUCAUGCGAGUGUCCUCCACGGGCAACAUGCUGAGCCACGUGGGCCACACCAUCCUGGGCAUGAACACCGUGCAGCUCUACAUGAAAGUGCCCGGCAGCCGCACCCCCGGCCACCAGGAGAACAACAACUUCUGCUCAGUGAACAUCAACAUCGGCCCCGGCGACUGCGAGUGGUUCGCGGUGCACGAGCACUACUGGGAAACCAUCUCUGCCUUCUGCGACAGGCACGGCGUGGACUACCUGACGGGCUCGUGGUGGCCCAUCCUGGAGGACCUGUACCGCUCCAACAUCCCGGUGUACCGGUUCGUGCAGCGCCCCGGGGACCUGGUGUGGAUCAACGCCGGCACCGUGCACUGGGUGCAGGCCACGGGCUGGUGCAACAACAUCGCCUGGAACGUGGGGCCACUCACGGCGUACCAGUACCAGCUGGCCCUGGAGCGCUACGAGUGGAACGAGGUGAAGAACGUCAAGUCCAUCGUGCCCAUGAUCCACGUGUCCUGGAACGUGGCCAGGACCGUCAAGAUCAGCGACCCCGACCUCUACAAGAUGAUCAAGUAUUGUCUCCUGCAGUCCAUCAAGCACUGCCAGGUGCAGCGCGAGAGCCUCGUGCGCGCGGGGAAGAAAAUCGCGUACCAGGGCCGGGUCAAGGACGAGCCGGCGUACUACUGCAACGAGUGUGACGAACAAUCCCACCAGGGUCCGGCCGUCCGACAUUCGGAUGCGGAGGCUGCGGUUGAGCAGCGCCUCGAGCCGCUGCCGCCCCCGGGGGGGCCCCGAGACCCCCGGCCCGGGAUCCUGGGGAGGGUGGGGAAGGGUCCGUAUGGACCCCCUAAACCUUCCCCCAGCCGUUAUGGAGCCCCCAAGUCCUCUGAGAUCCCCCUAUAA